UAGUCGGAAUUUGGAAGUGCGGCGGUGUGCUGCAAGUGCAGCGUGUGUAUGACAUAAAUCAAAACGGAUAGAAAACAUGAUCGUAAUCACGAGUUUAACGUGUGUAGGGGAAAGUCUGAUUGAAGGAAAUGGCGUUAAUGCGUUUGAAAAGAGCGAAUAGAUUGUUGAUGUGGCAAUAUUACUCUUUCUAUCCAGUGCCGGACAUACUUGGACGUGGCUUGUAACUUGUGUGUGGUGUGGACAUGUACUGCUUGAAAUUAUAUUAUAAUCUCUAAACGCAGCUCCCGUUCAAGAUGUCGAGUGUGUCGAAUCUCAAAGUCGCAUCCAAUAUUCAGCAGAGACGAGUGUUGAUAUUGAAACAUUUAAGUCUUAUUACGCUCACAUUACAGAAUGCAAUUCUCGGUCUCAGUAUGCGGUAUGCGAGGACUAGAGUGGGUGACAUGUUUUUUUCGUCAACUGCAGUAUUUAUGUCUGAAGUUGUGAAGCUAUUUACAUGUAUUUUGUUGGUAUGGCAAGAAGAAGGUUCCUUGCAGAGAUGUGUAACAGCUUUACACAACACUAUUAUCAAGCAGCCCAUGGACACUUUGAAAGUAUGUGUACCGUCAUUGGUAUACAUCAUUCAGAACAAUAUGCUUUAUGUAUCUGCGUCUCAUCUCGAUGCAGCAACUUAUCAAGUAACAUAUCAGUUAAAGAUUCUCACAACUGCCAUGUUCACUGUUUUGAUUUUACGAAGAAGCCUCCGACCUUUACAGUGGGUGGCUCUUGUAGUAUUGUUGAUAGGAGUGGUUUUGGUGCAAUUAGCACACACUGAUCCUCCAACUCCUCCACCUGCAGGUGCUCCAAAACAGAAUCGUUUUAUUGGUUUUUCUGCCGCUUUGUUUGCAUGUGUUCUUUCUGGCUUUGCAGGAAUAUAUUUUGAAAAAAUUCUCAAAGGAUCAGACAUAUCUGUAUGGAUGCGUAAUGUGCAGCUUAGUUUUUUGUCUCUCCCAUUUGGUCUCUUAACAUGCCUCUUCAAUGACUGGACGAAAAUCAAACAUGUUGGUUUCUUUUUUGGGUACGAUUUCUUUGUUUGGUACUUAGUUGUUCUCCAGGCUGGGGGUGGUCUCUUGGUUGCAAUGGUGGUUAAAUAUGCUGACAACAUUCUUAAGGGUUUUGCUACAUCGUUGGCCAUUGUUAUAUCAUGUAUCGCAUCCAUUUAUCUCUUCAAUUUCCAACUUGAGCUUCAGUUUGUAGUAGGGGCACUACUUGUUAUGUGUUCAAUAUUUAUGUACAGUUAUCAGCCUAAAGCUCCCCAACCACAGAGUGGCAUUACUAUAAAGGUAUAAAAGACACUGCAAAUGGAUGUGUAUUUUAGUGGUGUUUUUAUGCCAACAUCUUAGAUAAUGUAUGUUCCAGUUUUGCUAUAUCUUUGAAGAAAAAGUAGUUUCAUACUAUGGAAGACUAGAGAAAGGGAAAUCAUUUGCUUAACAAGCAAAAUGAUAAAUCAAAAGCAUGCUAAUCUGAGAGAAUAACAUACAUAAUACACAUGCAAAUAUGCGUUUGCAGACAGAGGUAGACAAGGAAAGAACUAGUAACUGAAGCCAGAAGCACAGUUGCCACUCAGAAUGAAUCAGUCUAGGUAACUGCUAUUUCACUUCUUGAAUGACUGAUGUAUCAUUCCCUCAAAUUAAACUGUUUCAUGAAAACUUUUGUUUAUGAGGGCAAUCCCAUAAUUAAAACUGCUCAUGUUAAUUAGCCUUUGAAUUUAUUCCUAACUAUGUAUCCUAUUUGGCACAAAACUAAAUUAAGAUUUUUAGCAGUAUUACUGGUUUGUCCAGAUCUUUUAUUCACAAAUUUCUACUUUUAUUGCCUGUUAUUUACUACUGAAUAUGCAAUAUUAUCAUCAUAUGUUGUAUUAUGAUUAUUUCACAAAACUUAAAUCCAUGUAAGAUGUUAGAUUCUUUGUGGUUGUCUCAGAUACUUUUUUUAUGUGACAUAAGUCUGAUGACAUGUAUAUCUUAUUCCAAAUAGUUUAAAAGUAUAACUUAAUGUUAAUACAUCAUUGUCAGUGACUGGAGGCACAUUUUGUGUUUAUGGUUGUUGCUUAAAACAUAUUCCAAAUUAACUAAAUUGCUUAGGGGAUUAUCAUUUGUGACACGAUAUUUUAAAUGGAAACAUAUUUAAUAGCUAAGAUUUUUGGAGAAUUGGAAUGUCAGUAUCAGAAGUGUGAUAUGUGAGAUUAUUUUUAUGCCUAGAGAGGUAUGUGCUGUGUCAGCAUCAUGCUCAAGUUGUUUCUUCCAUAAUAUUUUCAUUUGACUAAAAGAGAAUGUAUUUACAUGUAAAUAUCAUAACUAUUUUGAUCCAGAGAUGUUUCUAUUACUGACUGAAAGAUUUUGUACAAAUUGCCAGUAUUGCUCAUUCGUAUGAUAAAAUUCUAUAAUUACAUGCACACACAUUAUUUUUUGGAUCGAUAAAACAUGCAACAAUGUUUUUCAGAUAGUUUAAUACAUUAGGUAGUACAGUAAAAAAAAAAUGUUGGAGAACUCUGUAGAAACAUUCAUGAUCCUAUAAUGUGGUACAGUGCUAAGUGGUGUUACUUUGAAACAUGAAGUGCUGCACAGAUAUCAUCAUUGGAAUUGUGUAAAUUGGGUUAAGAUGCAGAAAGUGUUAAGAAUCAGUUUCACUGACUGUAGUCAGAAAAUUAUGGUGGUGUUUCCUGGAAUCAGUUGUUAUAUAGUUUUAUCAUUGGCAGUGAACCACAUAAAUUCUGUUGCUCAAUAACACUUCUCUAACAUACAGAAAAUGUCUUUUUGACAGGAAGCAUCUUAAGCCUCUACCUUGUUGCUUGGUUAACUACAUAAGAUUUAGUUUGCUUAUUAUUGUGGCAUUGUACAAAUGUAUUUAAGAGCUGAUAGACAUUGGAAAUUAUUCUUCGUAACACAGGUACACUGCUGGAGUAGUGCACAAAGAUUUUGUGUUUACUGCAGCCAAAUUUGCUAAUGGUCUUACAUUUGUAUUGUGUGUUAUUACUUUUCUCACAGCCAUCGGCUCCUGGAGUAAUCAGGUUUAAUGAUGGGUCACUUGGUGAUCAUCUCUAACUUUGAGUCUUUGAUCAUCUAACAUUCCAUUCAAAGCAACAGGUAAAAUUGUUACCGAUAGUUAAUCAGUCUUUAAAUUCCAUUUUCUUCUCUGGAACUUGUGUAGGCAUUAUGCAGGAUAAUGCAUAUAGUCUCCCACCUUGCCCAUUUUGUACACUGUGAUCUAAAGAUGUUAUGCUUAAGCAGAAACGGGGAGUUAAAAGGAUAAGUUUCAGAAAGAAAUUGUUUAUUUGCAAAUAAUUUGUCACUUGGUACAGAGACUAUCAAGAUCAUUUGCAGAAGAUGUAUCAACUUAUUACAACAAGUAUAUUAAGUGAGGCCUCAAAGGCUAGCUUACAGUUAAGAGUAGAAAAUAUGUGGAGAAUUGGAGUCAGUCACAGUAUAAAACUGCAUAUUGCAUUACAUCACCCUCUGCCUUUAUUGAAGAGUGUUUUAUAUUGUAGGCAUACACUCUGGCUGUACAGCACCAGAGUUCAGUGUCACAGGCAUGAUAAAUGAUACUUAAAUACGCUGAUUUAAAACCCAAGAGACUACAUUCCUGAAACAAAACUGAAGUUUGUAGCAUUUCAUGAAGGCUUGGUUGUUGAAGUGGGUCUUAAUCCAUUGUAUAGUCUUCAUGGCUUUUCAGUGGAACACUUAAGCAUCAUUGCCUAAUCACUAUUUUUGGGCUAAACAGCUACAGUCUGUUAUGGAGGACUUCACGCUAUGUAUAGUCAUUGUUGUUUUGGCUUUUGUUUUCAUUGGUCCCUUUAUUAUGAAAACUGAAAAUCGGUAAGAAACAUUAUAGAGCUGUUAAUUGCAAACACAUGGGAGAACUGUACUAUGACAAGAUAUGUGGAUGUCCAAAACAAAGAUGUAUUAACUAGAAUUCUUGGAGGACAGUGUUGAACUUGAUGGAGACACCCAAGCAUUGUCAUGAAAAUGAAAGUGUACUGAAACACUUCCUAAAGAACCCUUGUUGGCAGUGCACAUCACUACCAGGAUGUGUAAUUCAUUUUGUGUUAAUGUGGGACAGUGGGGUAUAUAAGCACCAUUAUGUGAAUUGGAGUAAACUGUUCAUUCACAAUUUGGAGUUUAAGUAUAUACCACCUUUUUUUUUUUUUUUUUUAACGUUAAAAGGAACCAGGCAACAUAGGUAAGGGAAAUUGAUUUAUUUGCACUCGGAAGGUCAGUAAUUAAUAGGGACAACAGUUUUCACAGCUGCCUCAGGAAAAAAAUAGGUCCUACAUAAAAUUGUAAAUUUGCGUACACCUAAGUGCAAAACAAGAAAAUUCCCAUUUGCAAAUAUUGUAUUAACAUUAAAUGGUGCUAGGAGUGGGGAGAGGAGGCUUCUCUUGCACUUAUCAACAGCUGCGAAAAAAGAGAGAGAUGAUGACUGACUAGAAUGCUGAAAGGUAUUUUUUUUCUUUCACAUAAUUAGCAGAGAGUUUUCCAACUCUUAUAAAACUGUCACAAUACACUAUAGCAUUGUCUGCUAUUCUGUUUUAGAUUCUUUUCUGCCUUCCAUUUACUAUUUUGUUGUAGUCUCCCAUGCUUUGGAAUCUGUGUGUGAUUUCACAUUUAUUAUUGACUGCGAGUGUCUCCCUUCCAUUGUUCAGAAACAUCAGAGUGUUUUCAUGGCAUGAAAAAUAAUAUUUGUGUAUUUGACAUGAAUGGAGACUGUGCAUCAUUUGUCACCAUAUAGUAACUACUAUGUAGUAGAUCUUAUUUUAAAUUUUGUUAAUGUCAAGCAUUUAAGAUUUAAUUAAUGUUUACUGAAAUUGUAAUAACUGUUAGUAUUUAACCAGGCAGACUAUCUCAUACCGAUUAGGUACAUGUCUAAUUACUGUAGUCUUGGACAAAGGUUGUUUGAAAUUACAACCUUUUUUAUGGUGUGUUCUGUUUCCUGUGGUGUUUUCUGUGGCUCUUUGUACUUAGUUUAAAUCAAAAUACCACAUUUUGUAAUAGCCUUUAAAGCUUUGAUUUGUACUGUGUAAAAUGUUUUGACAUAGUUGCUCUUUAUCUGAGUACUAAUUCAUGUAAUUGGUGCUAUUUGGCUGACAUCAAUGGAUGUUGCUUAUUUAUUUAUUUGUUUAGUUAGCUCUUAGUGGCACAGAGCUCUCUCUCUCUCUCUCUCUCUCUCUCUCUCUCUCUCUCUCUCUCUCUCUCUCUCUCUCUCUCUCUCUCUCUCUCUCUGUCUAUGCUGUCUCAUUCUCUGCAAACAAGUUACUUUAGUGGAUUAUAUUAUUUUUUUGUGUAUUAAGUUACUCUUAUUCUAGAGGGAAAAUUGCUAUAAAACAAUUGUCCAAUUAAAGCAGUGUGCAUAUUUUCUGGUAGCCUAAACUUAAUACUGCCUGUAAAUUAAAGAUAACCAACAUUUACUGAAUCAAGUCACUGAUGCCAGUAUGUUGUGGAGAGAGAUGUAUUAACGAUUUUUUAUGGAAAUGUGACUGGUAAAUAAUAAACAGAACUUAUUUUUUCCAAACAUA